AUGGACUACGAACAGCUCAAAGACCAGUGGAGCGACAUCGAGGACCGCGACGGUAUCCGCCUGUCAUGGAACACAUUCCCCUCGUCGCGCAUGGAGGCCAGCCGGCUGGUCGUGCCCAUUGGAGCUCUGUACACACCGCUGAAGGAGAGGACCGAGAUGACGCCUCUGGUGUCAUACGAGCCAGUCACAUGUAAAGCGCCAUGUCGAGCGGUGCUCAACCCAUUCUGCCAGGUGGACAUGCGAGCGCGGAUAUGGAUUUGCCCAUUCUGUCUGCAGCGCAACAACCUCCCACCCCACUACAAGGACAUCAGCGAGAACCAGAUCCCGCCAGAACUCCACCCUGGUAGCACCACGAUCGAGUACCGACUAGCGAGACCUGCGCCCACUCCUCCCAUCUUCCUCUUCGUCGUGGACACAUGUCAGGAGGAGGACUCCCUGAAGGCGCUGCGGGACAGCAUCAUUGGUGCCCUCUCAUAUCUCCCUCCACAUGCCCUGGUUGGGUUGAUCACAUAUGGCACCAUGGCACAAGUACACGAGCUAGGAUACACCGAAUGCGCAAAGUUGUACGUCUUCCGCGGCAACAAGGACUAUGGUGCGAAGCAGGUUCAGGAGAUGCUUGGCUUGGCUGGUGCUCGACCAGGAAUGCAGCCAGUUCAGCCUCAGCCAGGCCGCCCUGCACCACCACAGGCGCCUACGGGAGGAGCACAGGCACGAUUCUUGCUGCCGGUCCAGCAGUGUGAGUUCCAGCUCACGAAUGUGCUUGAGAGCUUGCAGAAGGACCCAUGGCCAGUCGCCAACGACAGGCGUGCGAUCCGAUGUACUGGUGUUGCUCUGUCAGUGGCAGUUGGCCUCCUCGAGAGCAGCUUCCAGAACGCUGGAGCUCGUGUCAUGCUGUUCACUGGUGGUGCAGCGACAGAAGGUCCAGGUAUGGUCGUUGGCCCAGAGCUCAAGGAGCAGAUCCGUUCCCACCACGACAUUGAUCGCGACAACAUCAAGUACUUCAAGAAGGCGCUUAAGUUUUACGAUCAGCUUGCGAAGCGGACGGCACACAACGGACAUGUUAUCGACAUCUUCGCUGGAUGUCUUGAUCAGGUUGGUCUGCUCGAGAUGAAAGCACUUCCCAACAACACCGGUGGGCACAUGAUCCUGACGGAUUCUUUCACAUCGUCGAUGUAUAAGCAGUCUUUCUCCAAGAUCUUCGACUCGGACGCAGACGGCAACCUCACAAUGGGCUUCAACGCUUCGCUUGAAGUGCUGACUACGAAGGAGCUCAAGGUCACCGGUCUUAUCGGACAUGCCAUUUCUCUCAACAAGAAGUCCAGCUCCGUCGGCGAGACAGAGUGCGGUAUUGGCAACACCUGCAGCUGGAAGAUGUGCGGCAUUGACCCGUCGGCAUCUUAUGGUGUCUAUUUCGAAAUCGCUGGCCAGGGCGGUCCACAAGCACCGAUGCAGCAGGGUCCACAAAAGGGUCUGAUCCAAUUCCUCACAUACUACCAGCACAGCGGAGGCCAGUACCAUCUGCGCGUGACGACUGUUGGACGAAACAUGAGCGGACCAAGCGGUGACCCAGCCAUUGCACAGUCCUUCGACCAGGAAGCGUCCGCAGUGUUGAUGAGCAGAAUCGCAGUUUUCAAGGCAGAAUUCGAUGAUGGCCCAGACGUCCUCCGCUGGGUUGACCGCAUGCUCAUCCGCCUCUGCUCACGCUUUGCAGAAUACCGGAAAGACGACCCGUCAAGCUUCCGCCUCGAGAAGAACUUCACACUCUAUCCACAAUUCAUGUUCCACUUGCGACGAUCGCAGUUCCUGCAAGUGUUCAACAACUCUCCCGAUGAAACGGCGUUCUACAGGCAUGUACUGAACCACGAGGACGUUUCGAAUUCGCUCGUCAUGAUUCAGCCCACACUUGACUCGUACACUUUCGACCAGGAAGGCGCAAUGCCAGUGCUGCUUGACUCGACUUCUAUUCAGCCGACUACGGUUUUGUUGCUGGAUACUUUCUUCCACAUUCUUAUCUUCCACGGUGAAACGAUGGCGGAGUGGCGCAAGGCUGGAUACCAGGAUAUGGAGGGGUAUGAGAACUUUAGGGAACUGCUUGAUGCGCCCAAGCAGGAUGCUAAGGAACUCAUCCAAGACCGCUUCCCACUUCCUCGCUUCAUCGUCUGUGACGCCGGCGGCUCACAGGCUCGUUUCUUGCUGGCCAAGCUCAACCCCUCUACGACACAUACUUCAUCGAGCUAUGGUGGCGUCAGCCAGACUGCGCAAACUAUCUUCACGGAUGAUGUUAGCUUGCAGACUUUCAUGGACCAUUUGAUGAAGCUUGCGGUCAGUGGUACCAGCUAG